CGUUAGUUGAAACUCAAGCAUAGUCAUCAAAGUUACAACUACUAACAACAAUAAUCAAAAAUAUAAUAAAAAUGGUUUGCAAAGCUUGUGGUAACAACUGCCAAUGCUCGGCUACUAAAUGCGGCGACAGCUGCGCCUGCAGCCAACAAUGCCAAUGUGCUUGCAAAAAUGGACCAAAGGACAAAUGCUGUGCCAACAAGCAGUAGCUGAGCUCCAUAAUUGUAAAAACUUACACCAAAGAUUAUAGAACAACAUUAGAUAUAAUGCUUCAAAAACAUUAAAGAACAAAUUUGAUAAAAAA